AUGGAAGAUGAAUACAAUAAUCAUGGACAUCCUAGUGCUGUCUCAGAUGUGUAUCAAUUCUCUGGGACAUUACAUUUAGAAAAGGGUGAGAAACUCGUAGAGCCCACAAUCGCGUACACUUGUUAUGGGACACUGAACGCAGCACGGGAUAAUGUAAUUAUCCUGUGUCAUGCACUGACGGGACAUUCACUGGUACAUCAAUAUUGGAGCUCAAUGGUCACCUCCGAGUGGACAGACAAGUACUUUAUUGUGUGUAGCAACGUACUCGGUUCGUGCUAUGGCACGACAGGUCCAGCUUCCAUUGACCCAAUGACUGGACGUGUCUAUGGUCCCGAUUUUCCAGCCGUGACGUUACGAGAUGCUGUUGCAUUGCAGCGUCGACUAUUGGAAGAGAAAUUUCGUGUAAAUCAAGUGCAGGCUGUUGUUGGUGGCUCUUUGGGUGGUAUGCAGACACUAGAAUGGGCAUUUCAGGGUCAGGAUUACGUCAAGAGUUUCGUGACCAUUGCGUGCGGCGCGCAGCACUCGGCAUGGCAGAUCAGUAUCAGUGAAUUACAGCGUCAAGCGGUCUAUAUGGACCCCAACUUUUGUGACGGACGCUAUUUGCUAUCCGCUCCACCUAAUACCGGUCUUGCGCUGGCUCGUCAGAUCGCUAUGGUGAGCUAUCGUACUCAUGCCGCGUACGACGAGAAGUUUGGACGAUGUCAAGAACAACCUGCCGAAAACGACAAGUUAGCGUCCAAAUACGGACGCUAUGUGGUCCAGUCGUAUCUCAAUUACCAAGGAGAGAAGUUUUUGUCUCGUUUCGAUGUUAAUUCGUACUUGACGCUAUUGCAUAUGAUGGACACGCACGAUGUUGGUCGCGGUCGUGGUGGUGUGAAGGAGGCACUGAGCUCGCUGUCCCAGCCCGCUCUGGUUAUUGGCAUCGACUCGGAUGUACUGUACCCCUUGUGUGAGCAGCAGCAGAUUGCUGAUGGAUUGCCAAACGCACAGUUUGCGGCACUGUCGUCGCCUCACGGCCACGACGGAUUUUUGCUUGGUCAGGAAGAGAUUAGCGAGCUUACCAAGCGAUUCCUUGCUACAUACGUGGAUUAA